AUGUCCAGCGUUGAGAAAAGUGAUUUUGACGAACAUGCCACGGAUGGUUUUAUCGUAAAUGAUCACAGUGAAUUCGAAGACGACGAUGCCGAUGCCGAUACUGCUUCUCAACGCUCAAUUUCUCUUUCAUCUCCUCCCCAUUCGCCGGGACACGACCGCAAUGCUGCUCUACGUGCUCAGGAUUUUAUCGCCAGGCGUGGAUCACAAGAUGACUCUUUAGAGAUUGACUUCAACUCAGAAAUGGACGAUGUAAGCGACUCUUUCAGCGAGAGGAACGCUCAGCGUGCUAGUUCGAGUACAUCUGCGGCUCCUUCUGCAGCUCUGUUUGACGAACCGAAAUACAAUACGCCACAGGCUAUGACUUAUCCGCCAACUCCUUCAUCAGGUGCAACGGACACGGAUUCAUUCACUUCUGCAGCUUCUUCGUAUUCGAAGAAAGCACGGCCAGAGUCUAUGUUACUACAACCUCCAGAAGGCCCAUUAGUCCUGGGGAUUGCACUUGUAGACUUCAAUCAUCUGGUUGGUCCGAAGAUCGAGUUCUGCCAUGGCGAAAUUUUCCAAGAUGAAGAAAUCGUCAAGAUUCUUCCCUUCCUGGCCCUUCCAGAUGGCGCACAUAUGUCUCUGGAAGAUUAUUCUUACUUUCAUCUCGUUCCGAAUGCUCCAAUACCUACCACCAUUUUUGGCAUCUCGUGCAAUCGCCAAAUACCAACCUCUGUAUUACUUGUUAAAGAUGUAGACGUGACUCGGUCAAUUGUUCAAAAAGCUGUCGUAGUCCUGGCAUCGAAGCCAGUCUUUGGCCCCAUUCGGGAUCGUUUGGGUGUUGUUACACGCGCGCUAUUCGAGCAACGCGACUUCUCGGAUACUAGUAUUCUGGUAGAUUUCAGCGCGUCGCUGGAAAUUUCCCUUCGCACACAGCUAACGGAAAGUGGACUAUAUAUUGGCACAAGCAUCCGAGAGUUUGUCCACACCUUCCGCCAUCGCACGCUUAUUCUAUUGAAAGCCCUCAUGUGUCAAAAAAAGAUUAUGUUCUUCGGUCACCCAGUGGAACGAUUGUGCACUUACCAGUACUCGCUCAUAUCAUUAAUCCCUGGCUUAUUGCAAACGCUGGAGGAUGCCGGAUCUCCGCCUCUCGCUGCACGUGCACCCACACUUUCGUGCCCACAGUCGUUACAAACUUCGGAUCGCAAAAGUAUGAUGGCAUACAUGGGUCUACCGCUAGAUAUUUUCGGCAAGGAUUCCUUCUUCCAACCGUACUUGCCUUUGCAACAGUUAGACCUUCUAAAGGAUUCACAAGGCUGGCUUUGUGGGAGUACAAACACCAUCGUGACUCAACAAAAGGAGGUUGAGUUGUUUAUCAAUACGGAAACAGCUUCACUAGAGUUUCGAAAUCCUAGGUUGGAGCGGCUAAUGGGCCUGACAGCUGCCGACCGAAAAUGGAUGGAUGAGAUCGUUCGAGACGUCAAUGAUGCUUGGGACGAUGCAGAUCCGAUGAAGCCUACCAUGCACUUCAAAGGCAGUGAUGAUUACCUGCGAGCCAAGUUCGAAGAAUAUGUUUCCGCCGCACUCGCAUCUGUUCGAUAUCGAGAGUUCCUUGCAAAAGGGAAAGUGAACAAUGUGAUCAUUACUGGAUCAGGAGGAGAUGAUAACUCGAUCGACGACUUCAAUCCACUUUGGAUCGCCGAGUUCACCAAGACGAAUGCAUAUGAUGUAUGGCAGAGGUCUACAGACCCUAUGCUCUUCGAUAUUGUCGAGCCACGUCACCCGUGCAACGAAAAACCAUCUGUCGUUGGAGACAUUGGUAUACGAUUGUCCGAAGGACUUCAAGAACUAAAACUGGAGCAACAAUUAGCUCCGACACGAGACGCCAUUUCACGCACCAUCACUGCUAGCUCAAUGAACUUCUUCAAAGCAGUCGAAGGCGUCCGUGGGCGGUGGCAGCAGCAGCGUACUACCAGCUCUGUUUCGUUCAACUCCGAUGUUGCGAGCAGCGUAUGUGUGACCCCAGUGGAGGUCUCAAAAUCGGAAGCGGAACUGUCGUUGUCCCCCGCUUCUGAAGGGAGCAAGUCUACUUCUGAUAUUACCAGACAGACGUCGAGAGAUUCCGUACUAGGUACGCUCACGCGGCCUGUAAGUGUUGCGCAAGCCGCCUCGGAAGCGAAGGCAGCUUUGGGAAACUGGGGUGCAGGUAUACAGUCUUUCUGGUCCGGCCGCGCUUCGCGGUUUUCGAUGUCUCGCUCGAGCAUUGCGAGUGUAGCAUCUACAGAUUCAUUAUCUAACUCGGGCACAGUACAACUUCCAACAUCGCCGAUAUCGCCGCGCCGGAGCGUGGGUACUGUGGAGGAGGAAUCGGAACAUGAUUUAGAUCACAAGGGAUAUGAGUCGCAAGAGCCAGGUGGGAUUGCUCUUUGA